UCCAGCUCGGGCCGCGCCCCUCGCCCCGAAGCUGGGCUACGAGGCCCACAAGUAGCCGGGGUCACCGCGGGGCCACAGCGGUGCUCGCGCCGGGGCCCCGCUGCGCCCGCCCCGCCGGCUCCCCUCCUUCCCCUCCCCCCAGGAGGGAGGAGGAGACUCCGCGGCCCUCCCUCGGCCCUCCCGGCGGCAGCCGCAGCCAGCCCCGUGCCCACUCCACCCAGCCCGGCGGGUAGGACGUCCGGAGCCCGCCAGUCCCGGCUCGAGGUCCAGGAGGCGCGCUCCACACCGUGGCCUGGAGAGCAGCGGGUCGCGGAGGCCAUCAUGCACAGUGGUGUCACGUCUGCCACGCGUCCCCCGCGCCGCCCCUGAGCCCAGCCACACGUUCGAGCCCAGGGCCCGCCCGGCCGCACCAUGAGCCAUGGGCCGAGCCCCCGGCUGGCCGAGUCCCCGCAGCUGUCCAAGGGCAGCCUCUUGACCAUCUUGGGCAGCCCGUCGCCCGAGCGCAUGGGGCCGGCCGACUCGCUGCCGCCCACACCGUCCAGCGGCACGCCGUCGCCGGGGCCGCCGCCCGCGCUGGCCCUACCACCGCCUUCCGCGCUGCUGGCCGACGGCGACUGGGAGAGCCGCGAGGAGCUGCGGCUGCGCGAGCUGGAGGAGGCGCGGGCGCGGGCGGCGCAGAUGGAGAAGACCAUGCGCUGGUGGUCGGACUGCACAGCCAACUGGCGCGAGAAGUGGAGCAAGGUGCGCGCCGAGCGCAACCGCGCGCGCGAGGAGGUGCGCCAGCUGCGCCAGCGCCUCGACGCGCUCACCAAGGAGCUGGCGGGCGCGCGGCGCGAGCGCCACGAGGCGCAGGGCGAGUGCGAGGCGCGCGGCCGCGAGCUGGCGCGCCUGCGGGGAGCCCGGGCGGCCGCCGAGCAGCCGCGCGGCGACGGCCCGGAGCCUGAGCAUGAGCAUGAGCCGGUGCGCGACGUCGGGUGCGAGAGGCCUCCCAGCAGCCAGGAGCUGGAGCUGAUGGAGAGCCUCCUGCAGAGCAGACCGGAGGAGCCUGAGGGCUGCUGGGGGGCGCGCAGCCUGGGGCCCGGGGGCCCCCGGAGCAGCUCGGGCCGCCAGGAGCGCAGCCGGCUGCCCUGGGAGGACGCGGUCUCCACCGAGGACGAUGCCUCCAAGCUGACCGCCCUGAGGCUGCGGCUGGAUGAGUCCCAGAAGGUGCUGCUCAAGGAGCGAGAGGACAAACUGGCCCUGAGCAGGAAUAUCGAGAAGCUGGAGGGGGAGCUGAGCCAGUGGAAGAUCAAGUACGAGGAGCUAAACAAGACCAAGCAGGAGAUGCUCAAGCAGCUCAGCAUCCUCAAGGAGACGCACCAGGACGAGCUGGGCCGCAUGUCCGAAGACCUGGAGGACGAGCUGGGAGCCCGCUCGAGCAUGGACAGGAAGAUGGCCGAGCUGCGGGGCGAGAUGGAGCGGCUGCAGGCUGAAAAUGCGGCCGAGUGGGGCCGCCGGGAGCGGCUGGAGACCGACCGGCUGGGCCUGGAGCGGGAGAACAAGAAGCUGCGGGCCCAGGUCGGCGACCUGGAGGAGGCGCUGGCGCGGCGGCGACGGCAGUCGGCCAGCGCCCUGGACUGCGACCUGCGGGCCAGCCAGGCCGCACUGUUCGAGAAGAACAAGGAGCUGGCCGACCUCAAACACGUGCAUGGCAAGCUGAAGAAGCAGAUGCAGGAGAAGGUGGCCGAGCUGGCGCACGCCAACCGGCGCGUGGAGCAGCACGAGGCCGAGGUGAAGAAGCUGCGGCUGCGGGUGGAGGAGCUCAAGAAGGAGCUGGCGCAGGCGGAGGACGAGCUGGACGAGGCCCACAACCAGGCGCGGAAGCUCCAGCGGUCGCUGGAUGAGCAGACAGAGCAGAGCGAGAACCUGCAAGUACAGCUGGAGCACCUGCAGUCCAGGCUCCGCAGGCAGCAGCAGAACGCCCCGCUCUUCGGGAAGAUCCGCAGUGCUCGCUUCGGCGCCGAGGAGGCCGGCGAUGGAGCCAGCGACCUGGACGAGGACGAGGACCUGCAGAUCCAGGUGGCCUAGGGCGGCACUGGCCCGAAGCCUCGGGCCCCUGGUGGCCCCGGCCCAGCGGCCACUCAGACUGACGGGGCUGCCGGUGCUGGUCCUGGGACCAGCCCCCUGCGACCCCGCGUUCCCCAACGAGGGCGGCCGCUGUGCCCCCCGCUGCCGCCGGAUUUUCAGGUGCACGACCUGUAGUACCCUGCGUGUGUGCCAGGGCGCCUGGAGCCCGUUCGCCUUUAGAACCACAGGGGCGGUCAAGGCCCAGUGCAGGUCACCUCACCUCUCCCCCUCCCAGACCCACGCAGGGCGGAGCUGGUCGAGGGAGGGCUGCCCUCGCCCCCGUGGGAUGGGCCCAGUCUUCUGUAAUAAAUCGAAUUCGAGUUCUCA